AUGACAGGCCCCAUGGAGGACAUCAACGAGCACACAGCAAAGGAUACAGAACAGGUACAGUCAGAGAGCAUCCCAACUUCAGUCAGUGCAGAAAAGACGAGUCAGCAGAACAAACUAAGAGCAAAGAAGCUCCUCCGCCAUGAUGAGAAUCUGUGUCUUCUUUCUUCUGUUAGUUGCUUCAAGCAACGGACAGACAACAACCACAGCUGCUCCAACAACAUCCACAGCUGCUCCAACAACAACCACAGCUGCUCCAACAACAACCACAGCUGCUCCAGCAACAACCACAGCUGCUCCAACAACAACCACAGCUGCACCAACAACAACCACAGAUGCUCCAACAACAACCACAGCUGCUCCAACAACGACCACAGCUGCACCAACAACGACCACGGCUGCUCCAACAACAACCACAGCUGCUCCAACAACGACCACAGCUGCUCCAACAACCACAGCUGCUCCAACAACAACCACAGCUGCACCUACAACAACCACAGCUGCUCAAACAACAACCACAGCUGCCCCAACAACAACCACAGAUGCUCCAACAACAACCACAGCUGCUCCAACAACAACCGCAGCUGCACCAACAACGACCACAGCUGCUCCAACAACAACCACAGCUGCUCCAACAACGACCACAGCUGCUCCAACAACGACCACGGCUGCUCCAACAACAACCACAGCUGCUCCAACAACGACCACAGCUGCUCCAACAACAACCACAGCUGCUCCAACAACAACCACAGCUGCACCUACAACAACCACAGCUGCUCAAACAACAACCACAGCUGCCCCAACAACAACCACAGAUGCUCCAACAACAACCACAGCUGCUCCAACAACGACCGCAGCUGCACCAACAACGACCACAGCUGCUCCAACAACAACCACAGCUGCUCCAACAACGACCACAGCUGCUCCAACAACAACCACAGCUGCUCCAACAACAACCACAGCUGCACCUACAACAACCACAGCUGCUCCAACAACAACCACUUCUGCUGCAACAACAACCACAGCUGCUCCAACCACAACCACAGCUGCUCCAACAACAACCACAGCUGCUCCAACAACAACAACAGCUGCUGCAACAACAACCACAGCUGCUCCAACCACAACCACAGCUGCCCCAACAACAACCACAGCUGCUCCAACAACGAUCACAGAUGCUCCAACAACAACCACAGCUGCUCCAACAACGACCACAGCUGCACCAACAACGACCACAGCUGCUCCAACAACAACCACAGCUGCUCCAACAACGACCACAGCUGCUCCAACAACAACCACAGCUGCUCCAACAACAACCACAGCUGCACCUACAACAACCACAGCUGCUCAAACAACAACCACAGCUGCCCCAACAACAACCACAGAUGCUCCAACAACAACCACAGCUGCUCCAACAACAACCACAGCUGCCCCAACCACAACCACUUCUGCUCCAACAACAACCACUUCUGCUGCAACAACAACCACAGCUGCUCCAACAACGACCACAGCUGCUCCAACCACAACUACAGCUGCUCCAACAACAACCACAGCUGCUACAACAACGACCACAGCUGCACCAACAACAACCACAGCUGCUUCAACCACAACCACAGCUGCCCCAACAACAACCACUUCUGCUCCAACAACAACCACUUCUGCUGCAACAACAACCACAGCUGCUCCAGCAACAACCACAGCUGCUCCAACAACAACCACAGCUGCACCAACAACAACCACAGAUGCUCCAACAACAACCACAGCUGCUCCAACAACGACCACAGCUGCACCAACAACGACCACAGCUGCUCCAACAACAACCACAGCUGCUCCAACAACGACCACAGCUGCUCCAACAACAACCACAGCUGCUCCAACAACAACCACAGCUGCACCUACAACAACCACAGCUGCUCAAACAACAACCACAGCUGCUCCAACAACUACCACAGCUGCAGAAACAACAACCACAGCUACCCCAACAACAACCACAGUUGCCCUAACAACAACCACAGCUGCAACAACAACAACCACAGCUGCUCCAACAUCAACCACAGCUGCCCCAACAACGACCACAGCUGCUCCAACAACAACCACAGCUGCUCCAAGAACAACCACAGCUGCCCCAACAACAACCACAGCUGCUCCGACCACAGCUACUCUAACAACAACAACCACAGCUGCUCCAACAACAACCACAGCUGCCCCAGCAACAACAACCACAGCUGCUCCAACAAUAACCACAGCUGCUCCAACAACAACCACAGCUGCCCCAGCAACAAGCACAGCUGCCCCAGCAACUACCACAGCUGCUUCAACACCAACCACAGCUGCUUCAGGAGCCGCCAACAAUGUGCCCGGAGCAACCACAGCUAAAGCAGCAACCAACAAUGCAGCCGGAGCAACCACAGCUUCAGCAGCAACCAACAAUGUUGCCGGAGCAACCACAGCUUCAGCAGCAACCAACAAUGCAGCCGGAGCAACCACAGCUUCAGCAGCAACCAAUAAUGCA